UCGAUUAACAUUUAGUUCUAUUAAAAUUUGCAUUCGCCAAAUAUGACAACGAAAUUCCAAAAUAAUUUCUUCCAAACUUUAGUAAUAAUUAAAUUAACAAUAGUUUUAAUAUGUUUCCAAAAUGUUGAAAGUGCGAAUAUUUUAUUUAUCUCACCAACGGCUUCGUACAGUCACAGUGUUGUUUAUUUCCCAAUAAUACGUGAACUUUCGUUACGUGGCCAUAAAGUGGUAACAAUUAUACCCGAUUUAAUUAACGAUCCAAAAUUGGUAAAUAUCACAGAAAUAAAUAUCCAUGAUGGUGCAUAUAAAAUAGCCAUCAAAGAUUUAACUCAAUUUAUUACUCAAGUAAGUAAUCGAGCUCCUGUUUUGACACUAAUUAAAUCUUUGGAUAGUUACUCAUAUCAUGCUAUGGAUUGGAUGUUACAACAUCCUGAUGUUCGAAAUCUUAUCCGCAAUCCAGAGCAAUAUCAUUUUGAUGUAGUAAUCACGGAAUGGUUAACUUAUCAAUCAACAGCCGCAUUUUCUGAUCUAUUUAAAUGCCCUCUGAUUGGGAUUUCAUCAUAUACAUUACUUUUAUCGGGAUAUGAUGUUAUUGGCAGUCCAACCCAUCCAACUUUCUUUCCAUUUAUCUGGAAUGAAUUUGUAAAUCCAUCAUCACUUUGGCAACGUUUACAAAGUAUUAAAACUGGAAUUGAAUUCCGUAAUUAUUAUAAACAUCAUAUGUUUCCGAAACAAGAAGCUCUGGUGAAGAAACAUUUUGGAAAGAAUGUAUCUAGAAGUCUGACGGAAAUCGAGAAAGAUGUGAGCAUUAUUUUAACAAAUACAAAUCCAAUAUUACAUGGAGCAUACCCAAAGGCAGCUAAUUUAAUUGAGUUUGGUGGAAUACAUGAACAAGUCUUCAAACCUUUAUCAAAGGAAUUGAAAGCAUUCUUAGAUAGUGCCGUCAAUGGAUUUAUUUACUUUAGUCUUGGAUCGAACAUUAAAAGUUUCUUAUUGGGUGAAAAAACGAUUGCUAUAAUUUUAAAAGUAUUUAAAAACUUACCGUACAAAAUACUAUGGAAGUAUGAAUCAAAAAAUUUGCCUGGUAAACCUGAUAAUGUAUAUAUUUCACAAUGGGUUCCUCAGCGAGCUGUUUUGGAGCAUAAAAAUAUAAAAUUAUUCAUGAUGCAAGGUGGUUUACAAUCAUCCGAAGAAGCUAUACGUGCUAAAGUACCAUUAAUAAUUAUACCAUUUUUCGCUGAUCAAGGCCAGAAUGGUGGACGAUUUCAACAACUUGGUAUUGGAAAGCUUUUAUCACGAGCUGAACUAUCUGAAGACGUUCUAAGAGAUGCAAUUUAUGAAAUCAUAAAUAAUAUCAGCUACAAAGAGAAUAUUAUUGAAGUAUCAAAUACAUUAUGGGAUCAGCCAACAAAACCUUUGGAUCGUGCUAUUUGGUGGAUUGAAUAUGUGAUUAACCAUAAAGGUGCUAAAUUUUUACGAAAUCCAGCAGUAGAUGCUCCAUGGUAUGAAGUUGAAUUGUUUGAUAUCUAUUUGUUUAUUUUUAAAAACGUGAAAAAUGCUAAUAUCUUAUUCAUUUCAUCAACUGCUUCCUACAGUCACAGUGUUAUUUAUUUUCCAAUCAUACGUGAACUCUCGUUACGUGGACAUAAAGUGGUAACAAUUAUACCAGAUUUGAUUAACGACCCAAACUUAAUAAAUAUCACAGAAAUUGAUACCCAUGAUGGAGCAUAUAAAAUAGUAAGACCACAAUUGGUAACAUUAAUUGAACAGAUUGUAAAUGAUGCUCCCACAAUGAACAAUGUUAAAUGGCUAAAUAAUUAUGCGUAUAUAUUUUUGGAUUGGAUGUUUCAACAUCCUGAUGUCAAAAACUUAAUUCAACGUCCAGAGUUAUAUCAAUUUGAUGUCGUAAUUACUGAAUGGUUCAGUUAUCAAUCAACUGUCGCUUUUGCCGAAUUAUAUAAAUGUCCUCUGAUUGGUAUUUCAUCGUACUCUACAUCCUUAUCCGGAUACGACGCAAUUGGUAACCCAACACAUCCAGUUUACUUUCCAAACUCAUGGGAUGACUUUAUAAACCCGUCAUCCUUUUGGGAUCGUUUAAAAGGCGCUAAAAAUGCAAUUGAAUAUAGAAAUUAUUACAAGUAUCAUAUGUUUCCUAAACAGGAAGCUUUGGUAGAGAAGCAUUUUGGAAAUAAAAUAUCCAGAAGUUUGCGAGAAAUGGUUAAGGAUGUGAGUAUUGUUUUAACAAACACAAAUCCUUUAUUACAUGGAGCGUAUCCAAAAGCAAUGAAUUUAAUUGAGUUUGGUAGAAUACAUGAGCAACAACUCAAACCUUUACCAGAGAGUAUAAAAUCGUUUUUGGAUAAUGCCCAAAAUGGGUUUAUUUACUUUAGUCUUGGAUCGAAUAUAAAAAGUUCUUUAUUGGGUGAGAAAACGAUUGCUACAAUCCUUAAAGUGUUUAAAUGGUUGCCGUAUAGAAUUUUAUGGAAAUAUGAAUCCGAAAAUUUAUCGAAUAAACCUGAUAAUGUAUUUAUUUCACAAUGGGUUCCACAAAGGGCGGUAUUGGAACAUACAAAUAUUAAACUGUUCAUGACACAAGGAGGUCUACAAUCAGCAGAAGAAGCUAUUCGUGCUCAAGUGCCCUUAAUAAUUAUACCAUUUUUUGCUGAUCAAUAUCAAAACGCUGGUAGAUUUCAACAACUUGGCAUUGGAAAAUGGUUAUCACGAGUUGAACUGACUGAACAAGUUUUAAACAACACUAUUUAUGAAGUGCCAACAAAACCUUUGGAUCGAGCCAUUUGGUGGAUUGAAUAUGUGAUUCGUCAUAAAGGUGCUAAAUUUUUAAGAAAUCCCGUUUUAGAUGCUCCUUGGUAUGAAGUUGAAUGUCACAGUGUUAUUUAUUUCCCAAUCAUACGUGAACUCUCGUUACGUGGCCAUAAAGUGGUAACAAUUAUACCUGAUUUGAUUAACGACCCAAAAUUAAUAAAUAUCACAGAAAUUGAUAUCCAUGAUGGAGCGUACGGCAUUAUUAGACCACAAUUGGUAACAUUAAUUGAACAGAUUGUAAAUGAUGCACCUACAAUGAGCAAUGUUAAAUGGCUAAAUAAUUAUUCGGAUAUAAUUUUGGAUUGGAUGUUUCAACAUCCUGAUGUUAAAAACUUAAUUCAACGUCCGGAGUUAUAUCAAUUUGAUGUCGUAAUUACUGAAUGGUUAACUUAUCAAUCAACUGUAGCAUUUGCCGAUCUAUAUAAAUGCCCUUUGAUUGGUAUUUCUUCGUAUUCAUUAUUCUUAUCUGGAUACGACGCAAUUGAUAGCCCAACACAUCCAGUUUACUUACCAAACUCAUGGGAUGAAUAUAUAAACCCGUCUUCUUUUUGGGAUCGUUUAAUAAGCGUUAAAAAUGCAAUUGAAUAUAGGAAUUAUUACAAGUAUCAUAUGUUUCCUAAACAGGAAGCAUUGGUAAGGAAACAUUUUGGGAAUAAAAUAUCUAGAGGUUUGAGAGAAAUUGAGAAGGAUGUGAGUAUUGUUUUAACAAAUACAAAUCCUUUAUUGCAUGGAGCGUAUCCAAAAGCAUUAAAUUUAAUUGAGUUUGGUGGAAUACAUGAACAACAACUCAAACCUUUACCAGAGAAUAUAAAAUCGUUUUUGGAUAAUGCCCAAAAUGGUUUUAUUUACUUUAGUCUUGGAUCAAAUAUAAAAAGUUAUUUAUUAGGUGAGAAAACGAUUGCUACAAUCCUUAAAGUUUUUAAAAGGUUGCCAUAUAAAAUUUUAUGGAAAUAUGAAUCCGAAGUUUUACUGAAUAAACCUGACAAUGUUUUUAUUUCACAAUGGGUUCCACAAAAGACGGUAUUGGAACAUGCAAAUAUUAAACUGUUCAUGACACAAGGAGGCCUACAAUCGGCAGAAGAAGCUAUUCGUGCUCAAGUGCCUUUAAUAAUUAUACCAUUUGUUGCUGAUCAACAUCAAAACGCUGGUAGAUUUCAACAACUUGGUAUUGGAAAAUGUUUAUUACGCGCUGAACUGACUGAACAAGUUUUAAACAACACUAUUUAUGAAGUAAUUUACAGCAAAAGCUACAAAAAAAAUAUAAAAGAAAUUUCGAACACAUUAUGGGAUCAGCCAACAAAACCUUUGGAUCGAGCCAUUUGGUGGAUUGAAUAUGUAAUUCGCCAUAAAGGUGCUAAAUUUUUAAGAAAUCCCGUUUUAGAUGCUCCUUGUCACAGUGUUGUAUAUUUCCCAAUCAUACGUGAACUCUCAUUACGUGGCCAUAAAGUGGUAACAAUUAUACCAGACUUGAUUAACGAUCCAAAAUUAAUAAAUAUCACAGAAAUUGAUAUCCAUGAUGGUGCAUACGGCAUUAUAAGACCACAAGUAGCAAUAUUAGUAAAGCAGAUAACAGAUAAUACGUCUGAAAUGAGUCUUCUUGAAUGGUUGGAUAAUUUUUCAUGUAGUCUUUUAGAUUGGAUGUUUCAACAACCUGAUGUCCAAAAUUUAAUUCAAAAUUCAAAAUUAUACCAUUUUGAUGUUGUAAUUACUGAAUGGUUAACUUAUCAAUCAACUGUCGCAUUUGCUGAGUUAUAUAAUUGUUCUUUAAUUGGAAUUUCAUCUUAUGCGUUAUUUUUAUCCGGUUACGACGUAAUUGGUAGCCCAACGCAUCCAGUUUACUUCCCAAAUAUAUGGUAUAAAUUUAUCAAUCCUGCAAGCUUUUGGGAACGUUUAAAAAGUGUUAAAAAUGCAAAUGAUUAUAGAAAUUAUUACAAUCAUCAUAUGCUUCCUAAACAGGAAGCAUUGGUAGAGAAGUAUUUUGGAAAUAAAAUAUCCAGAAGUUUGAGACAAAUUGAGAAGGAUGUAAGCAUUGUUUUAACAAAUACAAAUCCUAUAUUACAUGGAGCGUAUCCAAAAGCGUUAAAUUUAAUUGAAUUUGGAGGCAUUCAUGAACAAGAAUAUAAACCUUUACCAGAGGAUUUGUCUGGUAAACCUGAUAAUGUUUUUAUUUCACAAUGGGUUCCACAACGAGCAGUAUUGGAACAUGCUAAUAUUAAACUGUUCAUGACACAAGGAGGUCUACAAUCAGCGGAAGAAGCUAUUCGGGCUCAAGUGCCCUUAAUAAUUAUACCAUUUGCUAGCGAUCAAUAUCAAAACGCUGGUAGAUUUCAACAACUUGGCAUUGGAAAAUGUUUAUCACGAGCUGAACUGACGGAACAAGUUUUAAACGGCACUAUUUAUGAAGUGAUAAAUACAUAUAGCUAUAAAAAAAAUAUGAUCGAAAUUUCGAAUACAUUAUGGGAUCAGCCAACAAAACCUUUGGAUCGAGCCAUUUGGUGGAUUGAAUAUGUGAUUCGUCAUAAAGGUGCUAAAUUUUUGAGAAAUCGUGCAUUAGAUGCUCCAUGUUGGUUAAUGGCUGUAUAUCCAUUCCGUUUAAAAAAUGCUCCUGAACGUAAAAGUGCAAGUUCCCGGUGGGUAACCCCAAAGAACAUUACUUAA